AUGGUGGGCAUGAGCGUACUGCGGACAGUGGCUGCUUUUACAGCCAGAUGAAAUCCGCUGAAACGACCUUAUCCAUCAAUAAAUCUACUCUCCAGGACUGUUGCACGUCCAGAACAAGUAAAGAAUAUGAAUAUCCAUGGAAAAAGUAUGUUUAUCAAGCCCACUGACUUCUAUGAUAGAAGAUUUCUCCAUUUGCUGAAAUACUACAUUCGUCUCACUGGCAUCCCUUUUGCAGUACUUGUGACUUUUGUGAAUGUUGUCAUUGGAGAGGCUGAGUUGGCAGAAACACCUGAAGGCUAUGAACCAGACCUUCAUAUACAUCAAAAGCAUCCCAUCACCUGUUGGAUUGCUCGUACCUUUUAUGACAGCCCUGUGAAGGACUAUGAGAAAAUGAUGGGACUUAUAGAAAUUGAGGCAAAGAAGACUGAAAUGAGUCUCACUCACUUUGAAGUCUGCAGAAACAUGAGGGAAAAAGGAGAUGGACCCUGGUUCCAAAUUAAGACACUUGACAAGAGUCUGAUUGACCAUAGCCCCAAAUCAACCCCUGAUUACUAG